AUGACCAUCACAACAGUACAUACCAUUCCCAACGAGCAUGGGAGCACUCCAUUGGAUGACGAGAAGCAGUAUAUCCAGGAGAUCGAAGGGGCGAAGUAUGAUUUCUCGUGGGCAGAACAGGCCCAAGUCGACGAGGAUGUAUCGCCUGGAUUUUUUGGUCGUUUCCUCAAGAAGAAUCCUUCAGCAGCGUUCAUUGCCGACGUUGCGAGGAUGAACACCAUGGAACUUGAUCCCAAGGUCAUCAGACGCUUGGAACGCAAGAUCGAUUUGCUUAUUAUCCCUGCUCUGGCUACGUGUUAUAUGUUCUAUUACAUCGACAAAACGACUCUUUCGUAUGCGGCUAUUUUCGGAAUCCGCACUGACUUAUAUCUGGCCAAAUCAGAAUACAGCUGGCUCUCCAGUAUUUUCUACUUUGGAUGGCUUGCCUGGGCCCUACCGGCCAAUUUGUUGAUGCAAAAGUUUCCUCUCAACAAGUACCUCGCAGCCAAUAUAUUCAUGUGGGGUGUUCUUCUUAUGGCUCAAGCGGCUAGUCGGAACUUCACAGACCUGGCGGUGCUACGGAUUUUGUCCGGUGCAUUCGAAGCCACUGCCGACCCGUCGUUCGUCCUUAUCACCGCGACUUGGUAUACCCGGAAACAGCAGCCGACUCGCAUCGGUUACUGGUAUCUGGCCAACGGUCUAGGUAUUGCCUUGGGUGGUCUCUUUGGGUAUGGCAUCGGCCAGAUCAAAGGGUCUCUACCUUCUUGGAAGUUUGAAUUCAUUAUUAUUGGCGCAAUCUGUUCGUUGUGGGCUAUAGUUUUGUGGAUAUUUGUCCCUGACUCGCCAUACCACUCACAUUGGUUUACCCGCAUGGAGCGUCUGAUGAUAGUCAGUCGUAAACGUGACGACCAGAAUUUGACUGAUAAUCGACAAUGGAAGCCCAAUCAGGUGUUGGAGGCCAUCAUCGACCCGAAAAUUUAUCUUUUCUUUUUGUUUGGAUUUACGGCGAAUGUUCCUAACGGAGGUACAUCUAAUUUUGGCACUUUGAUUGUCGAAGGAUUUGGGUUCGACACUCUUCAAACAACACUCAUGCAGAUUCCUUAUGGCAUUAUCAUAGCCUCGAUCAUACUUAUCGCGAUAUUCAUAAACUCCAAGCUGCCUAAAGGAAACAGAACAUGGCUUAUGGCCGCAACUAACGUUCCGACAGUUGUUGGGUUCGCGAUGAUUGCCUGGUGCAAAGGCAAAGCACCACGACUCAUCGGAUACUGGAUGACCGGCGCUUCGAAUGCUACCUUUGUCCUUGGCCUAUCUCUUCUUUCUGGAAACGUCGGUGGCCAGACUAAACGUUCAAUCGCCAGCGCUGCUAUAUUUUUAGGCGUCGCCUCUGGGAACAUUGUUGGUCCGUUUCUAUUUAAGGACUCAGAAGCACCUGGAUAUCUGACGGGUGUUGUUGGCUGUAUGGUUUCUCGGGCACUUGAGAUUGUCAUCAUCCUCAUCCUCCGGGCGAUAUUCGUAAUUUCUAACCGACGACGGGACCGUGCUGCAGCAGAGGGACGAGUCGAAUACGAUUCCAAUCUCACCAGUUUGGAGGAUAUCACUGACUGGAAGAACCCGGCCUUCCGAUACGUCGCUGUAAGUUUUCCUUUUCUCUUCUGA